AUGUCUGUCACUUCAAUCAAGAAAAGUUUUGUCUUUCUGCGCGCGAUCAUCAUCAUAAGACUUAUCAAUGCUUUUUGGGUGACAACCUUCUUCCAGCCAGAUGAAUACUUCCAAGCCUUGGAGCCCGCCUGGGAGCUCGCUUUUGGGGCCCGUAGCGGCGCCUGGCUGACGUGGGAAUGGCGUCACCAGCUGAGGUCGUCUCUGCAUCCAGUCGUCUUCUCGGCAGCCUACCUGGUAGCAGACCAUGGGACCAGAUAUCUGCCUAUCGGCUCGACCGCGAAGACGGCGGUCAUUGUUGCUGCACCACGGUUCGUGCAGGCUAUCAUCGCGGCCCUGGGGGACUUCUUCACCUGGAAACUCGCCAUGAAAAUCUAUCCAAACAGCAAUGAUUCCUCCUUUGCUCUCUUCCUCCAGCUCUUCAGCGCAUGGCAAUGGUAUUGUUCCAUCCGCACCUUUUCCAAUUCACUUGAGACCACCCUCACCAUCACGGCUCUGUACUACUUCCCCUGGCGAGACCUGCUAGGCGUGGCAAGGACAAUCAAGGAGAACCCCAAGAUGGCCAACAGCAUCCACCAGAGGCCAGGCGCGCUUCGCCUGUCAAUUAUCUGCGCUGCUUUUGCGGUCCUCCUGAGACCUACAAACAUGCUCAUAUGGUUGGCAAUCAUCUUGGUUUCUUUCACCAGACUUUGCUUAAAGGGGCCGAGUCCGCUAUCCCAGGCCAAGGUCAUCGUCCUAUUCAGAGAGGCUAUCUUGUGCGGCACCGUCGCUCUUGGUGUCUCCCUGAUCUCAGAUCGUUUGUAUUUCGGGUUCUGGACGUUUCCGCCUUAUAAUUGGCUCUACUUCAAUAUUUCAAAGUCGCUGGCUGUCUUCUACGGCCGAAACCCCUGGCACUACUACAUACUGCAGGGAAUCCCUCUUCUGAGCACGACAUCUCUCCCCUUUGUGCUCAUGGCGCUGUACAAGCCCUCAACGUCAACAGAGGAGCAGUACAACAUUCUAAGGACAAUGACCUUGGCUGUUGGUAUUACCAUCACCGCGCUCUCCCUCAUCUCGCACAAGGAGGUCAGGUUCAUUUACCCUUUGCUUCCAAUAUUCAAUAUCCUCGCGGCACCUCUCGCGGCUCGCUUCUUCACCAUCCCACCGCCCACCACGUCUCAACCACCUCGGCUCAAGAAAAAGAUGUGGCUUUACCUCGCUGUGGGUAUCAAUGUUCUCGUGGCGGGCUACCUCUCCCUUAUUCACCAACGCGCGCCUCUCGAGAUGGUCUCACACCUUCGGAAAUCCUACCAGGAUUUCCCCGCAGCGCAGAAGGAUGACCUGUAUGUACUCUUUCUCAUGCCAUGCCACUCCACACCAUGGCGGUCUCACCUCGCGCACGACUCCAUGAACGCGUAUGCCCUCACGUGCGAGCCCCCGCUGCACACGGCGCCAAACACGCCGGAGAGGGAGUUGUACCGGGACGAAGCAGAUCGUUUCUACGAUGACCCUAUUAAGUUCUUGUCUACAGAACUUUUCGCCGGAGAGGGACGCUCUCCCGUACCAAGCUACAUUGCCGGAUUCGAAGGCAUAGAACCCUGGUUGCACGAGUUCUUCGAAUCAACAUCCACUGGCAGGAAUCUCGGUGUCACCGUGAAGCCAGUGUGGUCCGCAUUCAAUGGAUUUUUCAACGAAGACUGGCGGAGAGCUGGUCGAAUGGUCAUAUGGGAAACAGUGCCAGUGGAACGUCACACAGAUCUGUGA